AGUCAUUUGCCCAUUCCGUGGGCCUUGGACUUGUUUCUUCAUUUUCUGAACACAGCAGAGGUUAUCGCAGCAUCAUGGAGGUUCUACUUGGAAUUACUGGCAAGGACUUUACUCUCAUUGCGGCCUCUAAAGCUGCUAUGAGAGGAGCCACCAUUCUUAAAGCUUCUGAUGAUAAGACCAGGGAGCUGAGCAAACAUACUAUCAUGGCAUUUUCGGGAGAAGCUGGGGACACCGUCCAAUUCGCCGAAUACAUCCAAGCAAAUGUCCAACUGUACUCCAUGAGAAAUGAAGCUGAACUCAGUCCAUCCGCUGUGGCAAGCUUCGUACGAGGGGAGCUUGCCCGUAGUCUACGAUCAAGACGACCCUACACUGUAAACCUCCUGCUGGGCGGUGUGGAUCCCAUCACGGAAAAACCCAGUCUGUACUGGCUCGACUACCUAGCGGCACUCGCUCCGGUACCGUAUGCUGCACAUGGCUAUGCCCAAUACUACUGCCUAUCGAUCCUCGAUAAGCACCACCACCCAGAUAUCACAUUAGAACAAGGCUUGAAGCUUCUCGAGAUGUGCACAGAUGAAUUAAAGCGGAGGUUACCAAUUGACUUCAAAGGAGUAUUGGUGAAAGUAGUGAGGAAAGAUGGAAUCGAAGAAGUACCGUUUGAUAACAAGCGCCCAGCAGACAAAUGUUCCGACAUCAAAUUCGAUAACUUUUUGUCCAAACAACAUCAAUUUCCGGCUUAUCAGACAACGUACACAAUGGCCAAAAGACCUGCUGAGACAUCAUUGGAGGGUUCAUCACCAAUUAACUCUCCAACCUCAAAACGCGCGCGGGUGGAAGACCCAGAGGACGAGCAGCGACUACAACAUCAACAUCGCAGUCGCAGUCCGCUUGGCGAACGACGAUGGGAAGACGAUGAACGCAAUGGAAAGGAUAUUUUAGCAGCAGCAGAUCAAGAGGAGGAAGAGAUCGAGGAGGGCUCUAUUCACGGAGCUCUCGAUUCCGAUGAAGAGGAAGCGGGAGAGGAAUCGGCCAUUUCCGCGCCUGCUCGCCAGACCGCGCCCGCGGAGGGUUACAGUGACCUCUACUUAGAUACAAUACAGCGAUCGGUACUUGAUUUCGAUUUCGAGAAGCAAUGUUCAGUUUCGCUGUCGAAUAUCAAUGUCUACGCCUGUCUUGUGUGUGGGAAAUACUAUCAGGGCCGUGGGCCCAAGUCGCAUGCCUAUUUCCAUGCGCUCGACGUUGGACAUCAUGUCUUUGUGAAUAUGGAGACGAAGAAGGUGUAUGUGCUACCGGAGGGGUAUGAGGUUAAGAGCAGAAGCUUGGAUGAUAUUAAAUAUGUGGUUGAUCCUCAGUAUAAAAAGGAGGAAGUUGCUAAGCUUGAUAAGGCGGUUAUUGAUGCUUGGGAUUUGGCAGGUAAACGAUACAGACCAGGAUUCGUCGGAAUGAAUAAUAUCAAAUCCAAUGACUACCUAAACGUCAUUGUUCAAGUCCUGUCACACGUCCGUCCCAUUAGGAAUUUUUUCCUUCUUCACCAGUUUCCGAUGCCCGGAACUCCCCAACUCCCUCUGCGCUUCGGCAUCCUAGUACGCAAGUUGUGGAAUCCGCGCGCAUUCAAAUCUCACGUUUCACCACACGAGCUACUUCAAGAAGUUGCCCUACGCUCAUCGAAGCGUUUCACCCUCACCCAACAAUCCGAUCCUGUCGACUUUCUCUCCUGGUUCCUAAACAACCUCCACCUUAGCCUAGGUGGCUCCAAAAAGCCCUCUCCAACCCCAACCAGUGUAAUCCACUCCGCCUUCCAAGGCCAUCUCCGUAUCGAAAGCCAAGCUAUAACAGCCCGCUCUGACGCAGCCAACGCGCGCCUCGUCUUCUCCGAAUCUAGCGAAACAACCUCGCAAACAACACCUUUCCUCAUAUUAACGCUUGACCUCCCUCCCACACCACUUUUCCAAUCCACAAAUGCCGAAUCCAUCAUCCCACAAAUACCACUUACAACUCUUCUAAACAAAUACAACGGCCUCGUCGCGUCGGAAAAGCUCUCCCACCGUGUUCGCCACCGACUCCUCCACCCUCUCCCCCCCUACCUCCUCUUCCACAUCAAACGCUUCAGCAAAAACAAAUUCGUCUCUGAACGCAACCCGACAAUUGUCACUUUCCCUUCUCCGCGUUCCCUCGACAUGUCCCCUUAUGUCGAACCGAAUCCAUCCGUGUGCUCAGCCGGCGAACCUAUACUGUACGAUCUAGUCGCAAACGUCAUCCUUGACGCAACAGUCACUGCACCCGGCGUUGGCGGUAACAGCGAAAGCUCCAGCUCUGGCCCUACAUCCAGUGGCACUAACGCUAAUAAAGCCGGCGUGACUGGCUCAACAGCGAUGACAGCAGGUGCGGGCGCAGGCAAUGAUAAGGUCUCUUGGCUCGUGCAGUUGUACGAUAAGGCUAUGAGUGUGGAAAAUGAGCGUGCACAUGCGCAGCAGCACAGAGGCCCUGAGUGGUUGGAAAUCCAAGACUUAUGGGUGAAGAGAACGGAGAGUGAGACGCUUUUCACGCGCGAAGGUUAUUUGAUGGUUUGGGAGAGGAGGAGGGCGGGUGCGGAUGGGAAAGGGAUGGGAAAGGUGAAGUCGUAA